CACACAUACACACAUACACACAUACACAUCAUACACGCCCAUCCAUCAUCCAUCCCAAUCAUCCAACCCCAACACUCCCCCAAAUUCUCGCAAACUCCUUCCCCGAUCCCAAGCGUAUCUACCCAGCCCAAAGUGCAUACCCCUCGAUCGCCGCUCUAGCCUAAAAGGGUACUAGUCUUCCUACCCGUACAAAACAACAGAAGAAAAUAAAACAUAAACCCUGCAUAUAAUAUAACCUUAAAUAACCCCACGUUAUACCCAGAUCCUAUAAAUGAGUGUCAUCUCACCAAUCAGGAGGUUUGGAUCUGAGGGUUAUAAGGAUAUCUACACGUACCAAGAGGUCGAUUUACCCAUCUAGGUAGUAAAUUAUUUAGUAAUACCUAGGUACCUAGUGAAUUUGUGAAUUCGAAUUAAUAAGAGAGGCAUGAGAAUGCGAUGAUGAGUAAAAAUAUACCUAGUACCACCAUACCUACCUACCUGCUUACCUAGGUACGGACGCCAUGGGAUGGAUGCAUCAAUUGACCUAUCAAAACACGAAAAAACUGACUUUAUACCAAGACUGAGAUAGAUUGAAAUGAAGGGAGUGGGAGUGGGAGUGGGAGUGAGAAGAGUCAUAUGCUAAACUAGAUCUUUUACUAAGGGAAAGUAUUUUAAUAAUUUGGAUUUCUUUUCUUUCCUCAUAUAUAUAUAUAUACACCUACCUACCUAUCUAUCUACUUCUCACCCGAAUACAGUCAUACAUACAUAUUUGAUAUAGAUUUCUUCUUUGGAUUCUUCAUUUAAAAGUUACACUUCUUACUUACUUAUUACUUACUUACCGACAUACUUCAUCUCUUUCUAUUGUAGCUCUUACACUACCUUAGAACAAGAAUCUCACACUUUACUUGUCCUCUUCUCCUCUCUUCAAUAAUCAACCACACAAACAAAAUGUCCAACGAAUUACCCACCAGCGCCACCAAUGGAAAUGGAAACGGACAUGGCAACAAUACCUCUUCUGACUUUGUCGUCAAGACCGGCUUGGCGCGAAUGUUAAAAGGAGGUGUGAUUAUGGAUGUAGUCAAUGCCGAACAAGCCCGCAUCGCAGAAGAAGCAGGCGCAGUAGCCGUCAUGGCGCUCGAGCGAGUCCCUGCCGAUAUUCGUGCUCAGGGAGGCGUAGCCCGCAUGUCGGAUCCAAAGAUGAUUCGAGAGAUCAUGGACACGGUUACGAUACCUGUUAUGGCCAAGGCGAGAAUCGGUCAUUUUGUUGAAUGUCAGAUCCUCCAGUCCAUCGGCGUAGACUACAUCGACGAAUCCGAAGUGCUUACUCCUGCCGACGCCCUCCACCACGUCGAAAAACACCCCUUUAACAUCCCCUUCGUCUGUGGCUGCCGUAACCUCGGUGAAGCCCUCCGCCGCAUCUCCGAAGGCGCCGCCAUGAUCCGUACCAAAGGUGAAGCCGGCACUGGCGACGUUAUCGAAGCCGUGCGUCACCAACGCCAAGUAACCUCGGAGAUCCGCGCCGCCUCUCUCAUGUCUGACGAGGAGUUGCGCAUCCUCGCGAAAGAUAUCCAAGCUCCAUUCGAACUCCUCAAAGAAACUGCAAAGUUGGGCCGUCUCCCUGUGGUUAAUUUCGCAGCGGGUGGUAUCGCUACCCCUGCCGAUGCGGCCCUCAUGAUGCAAUUAGGUUGUGAUGGAGUUUUCGUCGGCAGCGGAAUUUUCAAGAGCGGAGAUGCGGCAAAGCGCGCCAGAGCAAUUGUGCAGGCGACGACACAUUUCAACGAUGCAAAGGUUUUGGCGGAGGUGAGUGAGGAUUUGGGAGAGGCAAUGGUGGGGUUGAAUUGUGGGACGAUGGACCCCAAGGAGAAGAUGCAGGGGAGGGGAUGGUAAAUAGGCUGGUUAGGUUUGGUGAACGGAGUGCACUAUGUGAAUUAAGAAAGAAGAGUAAAAUGAUUGAAUGACAGACAGGAAGGAAGGAGAUAUGGGUGGCACUUUGUUCAUACCAAUAACGUCACUUCUAUGGAUACAAUAGGGGAAAAGAGAAAGAGGUUAGGGUUUGGUAUACCAUCACAUCAAAUGGCAUGGUAUGUGUAGAGGCGUGAAAGAUAGAUCUAGGUAUUUAGAGAUUCUCAACUCAUCUCAAAAAUAUAAAUUCACAAAGCUCAAGAAAUUACAAUAUAAAGCAGUCAGCAUAUAACUUUUUGCA